CGCCCUCUGACCAGUGCUGACCAAGGUCUUUCUGACCUACUGGCUAAGGAGACUCAUUUGAGGACCCCUCCUGCUGCCUUGGGUUGCAGAUCUCGCUCCGGCUGUAAGAAAAUUAGGAUUACCAAAGCAGGCAUGGAAGAACAUGGCCCUCCUUCUCGCACAGAUGCCAGCAAGAAGGGAACAAGGAAGUAAGUGAGGCACCUUUGCCCCAGUGCCACGCUGACACAGGAGACACCGCCACUGGCCUAGCCUGACAGCUGGAGUCCCCCCAUGUUCCUACAGAGCCACAGCAACCGACUUAUUGUCUCUAACAUGAUGCAAGAAGUUCAAGAGGGACUCUGAUGUGCAGGGUCUCCCUCCGAGUGUGACAGCAACUCUCUGAGACAUAGAAAUCAGGAGAGGAAGGCACAGAGAAGUCAAGACCGGGACAGUGGCCAGCCCCUGAACAACCAUGAUAUCACUGGCUUUCGCAAACCCCGCAGGUCCCUGGAGACCUUCAAAAAGGUGGGGAUCCCCAUCAUCGCAGUGCUGCUGAGCCUGAUGGCCAUCGUGAUCGUAGCCUUCCUCAUCAAGGUGGUUCUGGAUAAAUACUACUUCAUCUGUGGAAAUCCCCUGACCUUCCUUCCGAGGGGGCAGGUGUGUGACGGCCGUCUUGACUGUGCCUCGGGGGAGGAUGAGGAGUACUGUGUCAAAGACUUCCCCGACAAGCCUGGAGUGGCAGUCCGCCUCUCCAAGGACCGAUCAACACUGCAGGUGCUGGAUGUAGCCACAGGGACCUGGGCCUCUGCCUGUUUUGACAACUUCACAGAAGCACUGGCCAAGACAGCCUGCAGGCAGAUGGGCUAUGACAGUCAACCCGCUUUCCAAGCAGUGGAGAUUGGCCCAGACCAGAAUCUCACGGUGGCUCAAGUCACAGGAAACGGCCAGGAACUUCAGAUGAAGAAUUUAACUGGGCCCUGCCGCUCCCUGGUUUCCCUGAGCUGCCUGGAAUGUGGAAAGAGCCUGAGGGCUCCUCGUAUAGUGGGUGGAGUGGAGGCCUCUGUGGAUUCCUGGCCCUGGCAGGUCAGCAUCCAGUACGACAAGCAGCAUGUCUGUGGUGGAAGCAUCCUGGAUCCCCACUGGAUCCUCACAGCGGCUCACUGCUUCAGGAAGUAUCUUGAUGUGUCCAACUGGAAGGUAAGAGUCGGCUCAAGCAAACUGGACCACGUUUCCUCCUUGUCUGUGGCCAAGAUCUUUGUCACCAAGGAAAAUGCCCUGAACUCCAGAGAGAAGGACAUUGCCCUCGUGAAGUUGCAGGUGCCACUCACAUUCACAGGCACCGUCAGGCCCAUCUGCCUGCCCUUCUUUGAUGAAGAGCUCAUCCCAGGCACACCAGUCUGGGUCAUUGGAUGGGGCUAUACAGAACAAAAUGGUGGGAAGAUGUCUGAUGUGCUGCUGCAGGCAUCCGUCCAGGUCAUUGACAGCGCACGGUGCAAUGCCGAGGAUGCCUACCAGGGGGAUGUUACCGCUGAGAUGCUGUGUGCAGGUACCCUACAAGGUGGCGUGGACUCCUGCCAGGGUGACAGUGGUGGGCCUUUGAUGUACCACUCCAACCACUGGCAGAUAGUAGGCAUUGUGAGCUGGGGCUAUGGCUGUGGGAGCCCAACUAACCCUGGAGUGUACACCAAGGUCACUGCCUAUCUCGACUGGAUCUACAAUGUGCGGACGUCUGAGAUGUAACACUGCUGUCUGCCACAUCCGAAAGCAGCUUCCCCUCAGACCUGCCUGAUACGUCGAAGUCAGACACAGGGCAAGGGCCUCCUUGGACACAACCCUGGUGUUUCCUGCAGCAUCCAAGGACGCAGACACACAUGUUGAGGAGUGCCCAGAAGUAUGUCAGGUGUGCCGGCUCAACCACCCAUGCUUCUCCCGCAACCCUCGGGAGACAUGCAGUCCAUGGAGGGAAUCCAGACUGUUGACUCAAUUCUCAGAUGUGCUAUUCAGCCAAGGAGACUCUCUCUCACACUAAAAGAAUGGAAUUCAGCUCUCUCCUUAGAGCCCAGAACACUAAGGGCUGAGCGGCGGAGAAAAAGGUCCAAAGGGCCUUUGUCCUCUUUGCCCAUUCUUAAAACCACAGUGAUAGGAAAUCAGGCAGCUCUAACAGAAGACGCAUAGUCUAGUGUUGGUUCGCUUUCGUUGCUGUCACCACCUACCACUGAGGUCACUAUCAUUAAACAGGUAUGAAAAAUC